CUCCGCGAUCAUUUCCUAAGCCAUAGAGAACAGACAACGGCCUUGUGCAGGCAGCCGACUCAAUAGUGAUCCGAACUGCCAAAAUUAUGAGAGAGGCGGUGAACCCAAAUAAGGAAUGGAACAUGAAUUCAUCACAGGAGACCCGAAGGCCCCCUCGUACCCAAAAAAAAAUCAAGAAGGAAACCUAAACCCACGAAGAAAGAAAUCGAACGCUAUACCAUGCCUAUCAUCAGAAUCCUUACAUGCUAGAGUCAGAAGAGUAAGAAGCAGCGUAGUAGUAAGAGCCAUCGCACUCCUCAACAAGCUCAACCGCAAGAAGCUCCUCGCAGUUGUACGUGGCAGAGCCCGUGUAUCCACACUCGGCCUCCUCGAUCACAAUCAUCAACCCAUCGCAACCAUCAACGGUGAUCUGGGUACCGAACAAGGAGUCAAUGUCGCAGACGGUGGCAGAGUAGAUUGGGGUGCUGCAGUCAUUGCCGAAGAUGAAGACGUGGGCUUCGUCGGUGGUGAGGGAGAAGUCGAAGUCGACGGUGAAGGACUCGUAGGUGGGGGUGUAAGCAGUGUAGCUGGAGAGCGCACGCUUCUCAGCGAUACCCUGAGCAUCGCGCUUCUUGUAAACAACCUCGCUAGAAUCACAUUCGUACGAGGCAACAAAGGUGUACUGAAUUUCCUCAGACAAGUAUCCCUUGACCGGGCACUCCUGGAGAGGAAGCUCCUGGCAACCGAGAUCAACGCCCUUGUAGCGCACGUGGGCCUCACGGGACUCAUCACCCUCGCAACCGUCGAUCUCAAUGGUGACGGCACAUCCGUUGGUGGUGUAAGGAGCACCAAUACCGCCGGCGAUGGAGGUGAUGGCGAACUGCUCCUGGCAAGCAACGUCGCCGUUCGUGUCGUAGACGUUGACAAGGACAACAUCCUCCUCGUAACCAGCAGGGGAGGUCCAGGUCUGGUAGUCCCAGACGACGGAGACGGUGCUAGCCCUGUCAGCAGAGCGCUUGGCAAGACCAGCAAGAGGGGGCGUGGGAAUGCGGGCACCGGCGUGAGCAGCAGGAGCGGCGUUGGCGGCCAAAGAAGAAAGGACACCGGCGAAGGCGGACAAAAAGAAAGCGUUGGUGAUCUGCAUUUUCGUUGUUGUGUUGAAAGUGUUGUGAAAAGAGUGUAGUGAGAGUUGUAGAAAGAGUGAUUGCUGUCUGCGAAAGAGCGAACUUGUGAUGAACUUGGGAUGAGCGUUUUUGGGCGACGGACAAUGGGGUUCUUAUAGGAGGAGAGCAUAUGGAUCGAGGACGGGGCGGGGUUAGUCAUGAGAUCGGUCCGUGUGCUUGAGGAGAAAUCAUAGGCCCGCCAGCACGCUCCCACACGAUCAUCUGAUUAGUCCCCCAUUUGGAUUUGAAGAUUUUCCAGAUGGACCGGUCCGCUUUUGGCUGAUCCAUCUGACCCAGUUGUUUUUACCCGCUCUGAAUGGCGGUGCUGGC